AUGGAAAAGCUGGAAAAGUUACUCCGGAGUGAUUCAAUGCGCGUGUUGAACUGGAUUCAUGAGGAAAAGAAAGCGCAGCAAAAAUUUGUUCGGAAUCGCCUUGAGGAAAUAAGGAAGACAGAUGACGAAUUCAGUUAUGUUGCAACGAUUGAUAAUUCUGCAGACACUGUGAGUAGGGCGAAUGACUCCAGAAAAUUUGAAAAAAUGUUCGCUGUGGUAGAUAGGUGCUGA